CACUGUGCAGCUGCGACCGUCAUCGUCAGUGAUUGCUUUGUGUUCACUCUCUUCUUUCUCCCACUCUCACUCGCAAGCACAAUGGAGGACACGACUACCACCAUCGCACAUGCUGGCGCUGUUGCCGUCAUUACUGGUGCUGCCUCGGGGAUCGGUCUUGCCGCGGCCAAGUAUCUCGCCGCGCGCAACCUCAACCUCGUCCUCGUCGACGUCUCGCCCCUCGAGGCCGCUGCGUCAGCCGCCAAGGCCGAGGGCGCCGGCGACAUCCUAACGGUCAAGUGUGACGUCUCGAACAUCGCCGAGGUCGUUGCCCUCCGCGACAAGGUCCUGGAUCACCACGGCGAGGUCCACAUCCUCCUGAACAACGCGGGCAUCUCCCGCCCAUGUCCCGCCAUCAGCCUGGAUCGGGAUCUCGAGGAUCUCCAGAGCGGCUGGGCGAGCGUGCUAGGCACGAACGGGCAGGGGAUCAUCAACGUCGCGCAGGCCUUCGGUCCCUUCAUGGCGCGCCAGGAGAACGCGAGCGUCAUCAUCAACACGGGCUCGAAGCAGGGCAUCACCAACCCGCCCGGCAACGCCGGCUACAACGUCUCCAAGGCGAUGGUGCGCGUGUUCACCGAACAGCUCGCGUACCAGCUCCGCAACCUCCCGGAGUGCAUCUGCAGCGCGCACCUCUUUGUGCCCGGCUGGGUGUUUACGGGCCUCACCGGCGGCGGCGGUCUCAAGACCAAGCCGCCUGGCGCGUGGUCCGCCGAGCAGACCGUCGACUUCAUGUUCGACAAGGUGCUCAACGACGGCGACUUUUAUGUGAUCUGCCCGGACAACGAGACGUCUCCUACCGUCGACAAGGCCCGCAUGCAGUGGACCAUGGACGAUAUCAUCUUCGGCCGCCCCGCACUGUCGCGCUGGAGCCCCGAGUACGCCGCGCGCUUCGACGACUUUGUCAUGUCCAAGCAGGGGCUCAGUGCGCGCUCGCGCUCGCGUGGCCGCCCGCUCAACCAGGUGCCCGAGAGCCCAUAUCCUCCUGAGAACGACGAGUUCCAGCCGAGCUCGGGCAUUAUCUAGGAGUCGCGGCGGCAGCAGGAGGGCCGCACGUUGCCAGAGAGAGUUGUAGAACAAAGAUGUAACCUGUGAGGGGGUGGAGAGCGGAGGCGGAAGCGCGGCGAUGGACUGGGCGCAGGUAGGAAGGAGCCUUAGGCAGUGAACCGCGCUGUGAGG